UCUAACUUCGUAUGUCACAGGUACAAGCUCCUCUCCCCUCGCAUCUCCCUCUCCAUCACCUCCGUUGCCUUCGACCACAAGACCAACACCCUUUACGUUCACCUCAACCAAGACUUCUCCAUCUGGUUCCUCCCCUUCCACAAUGCCCGCCGGGUAGAGCUCGUCUCUCUCCUCUCCCUCGAGGCCCGCUCUUCUUUCUCUUCCCAGCAACAACCCACCGUCAACGGCACAGCUACCAACCUCCUCGUCGAGCCCCUCCCCCAUCAUCCCCCCAGUGAAGCCUCUACCGACGGCGAGACACUCUAUGACGCUGCCUCUGAGACCCGUCAUCUCAUCCAGGAAGGGGAGAAGCCCUCCUUCAGCGAGGUCGCCGCAGGAGAGGCGUCUGCCCCCUCCAGCCCAAUCACCGUCCCUGCUGGAGCCAAUGGCGGCAAUAAGCUGCAAAAGUUGAAGCAGAGUGGCACCGCCAGCGGCAGUCAGGGUCAGAGUGGUCAGGGUGAUGUGAAGUACUACAUCACCCACCAGGAGGAUCUCUACCAGGUCACGGAGUUCCUCAAGUUCAUCUCCCUCGCCCCGGGAUCCAUGAUGUACGGCAUUUGGCAGGUAUGUACCGCUGUCUUUUGCGUUUUUGGAGCAAUCGUUCUCGGCCCUUUGAUGCAGCUUGCCUAUGAGGCGGUGGGGAUCGGCAAGCAGAAAGGACGGGAGCUGAGACAGGAGGGAAGAGAGGUUAUGGAUCAAGGACGGGAGGUGGUGCAGCAGGGCAGGCAGGUUGUGGGUGGUGUUGUGGGUGACGCGAAGCAGGUUGUGAAUGGAGUUGUGGACGAUGCCAAAGGGGUGGUGAAUGGGGUUGUGGGAGAGGCGGGAAACUGGAUUAUGGAGGAGGUGGUUGGCCUGAAGGAUCAGGUUGGUAAGGCGGGUGAGAAGAUGGGCGAGAGGAUGCAGCAGGAUGGGAAGAGGUUGCAGGAGAAAGGGGAGAAGGUCAGAAAGGCGGAGAUUUGA